ACAUGUACAUGGAUAUGUCAAAGAAAUUAGUUCAGAUAAAAACUACUCGACGAACGCAAUCAUCGUUUCAAAGUAGUAUAUCACGUUGAUAUCGACCAUGGCUGAGGGGACUGAUCAUCUGUUGUCCGAUUCUGUGGACUUGGCCAAACUUGGCGUGUCCAUCCGGUGUUUGCUCACUCAGACUCAGGCCCGGGACUUGGCGGGUCGGCUGUAUGGCCUUACUGUGACGGCGGUGAAGGAAUUCAAUGGAUACGACGACAGGAACUUUCACCUCACUGUAUCCGCUGAUUGUAAGAACAAGUUCAUCGAUGAGGUCUGGCCGCACGGAUACGUGCUGAAGAUAGUCAACACUUUGGAUAGUAAGAAGCCAGGCUAUCUCGAUGCCCAGUCCCAUCUCAUGCUUCACCUUGAUGCCGGUAUCCCCGGGUUGUGUCCACUGCCAGUCAAAACUGUUGAAGGGAAACUUUCUUCGUUGGAAACAAUCUACCAGGAAGAUGAGGAGGGGAAUAGAAUAUCUGAUAGCCCCACGCAGCAUAUUGUUCGCCUCCUGAUGUUUAAACCGGGUACGAUCUUUUACCAGAUACCGCAACCUGAUUUUGAUCUUUUCUACGAAGCUGGGAAAUUUCUUGGGAAGAUGAACCAUGUUUUCAAGGACUUCUCCAGUGAGCACCUUGCCGAGCUUGAUGAUCGUCUCCACAUUUGGAGCAUGUACCGGGUAUCGAAUCUUCGGGAGUUUACCGACUCGGUUAGAGAUGAACAAAGACGCCGCCUAGCGGAGGAAGUCAUUGAAGCAUUUUGUCAGGAGGUGGCAUCUCACUUCGACAAGCUCCAAAAAGGUAUCAUCCACGGUGACUACAACGAACAAAACAUUCUGGUUGCCCCGAGAGACACCAUGGACGUAAAUGACAACCCUACAACCGACACAAAGUUUAAACUAGUCGGGGUGAUCGACUUCGGAGACAUAGCAAAUGCAUGUUACCUUUUUGAAAUCGGCAUCACAAUAAUGUACCUCUCGACAUGUAGCAAAGCGUUAGAUGCAAUUGAAGUUGGGGGCCAUGUUCUUGCCGGAUAUCUGAGUCAGGUCACCUUGACAGACUUUGAACUUGACCUUUUGCGGACGGUUGUUGCGGCGCGCUAUGCCCAGUCUGUCGUUCUAGGGGAGUACUACUACAGACUGGAUAACAAUGAAUACUGCCUGACUACGGGUGCUGUAGGCUGGCCGCAGCUUGCGAAACUAUGGGAAACACCGAAGGAAACAGUCAUGAAAGUUUGGAACGAUAUUGUAGAAGAAAGAAAACGAGAAGAAGCUGCAUCCAUUUAGUGUCUACCAGCUGUCCAAGGAUUGUAUUUGGCCAGUGACGGUGGUAAUUGUAAUCUAGGUCGCCAAACAAUGUAGGCCUAAAUGGGGAGGUCAAAUCCAAAAAUAAAGUAAAAAUAUUUGAGAAGUUGUCCUUGUAGCCGAAUACCGAAAAUACGUACAAUUGGCAAUUUGGCAAUACAAGUACCGCAGAUACAACAUGUCUUACUGUCUCAAAGGAAUGGCUCACUAGUCAAUAAUGCUUUUAUUUGGGUGAUUCGAAACCCGGUCUGAUAACCAUGCAGCAAACCAUACAGCAGAUUACACACGAAUAUUUUUUGUGGUACAGCAGCUGCUUUUAUCGCCAAUAGACCUACGUUCAUUGCGAUAAAAUAUGGCUCAGAUGGCACUACCAAUGACACUACCAAUGGAAUAUCAUAUGAAUAAAUGGAUAUCAAAUGA